AUGUCAAGGAUUCGGCUGCUUGCCGCUCUGCGGCACGAAAAUCUGCUGAAGUUACUGGAUCUGCUACCUGUGCCACAUCCAGACUUCGAUGACGUGUAUAUAGUUAUGCCUUACUUGCACCUCGAUUUGCAUCGUGUGAUCUACUCCAGGAUGAAGCUGUCGGAGUCCCACACACAGGCUUUCAUCUGCCAAAUUCUCAGGGGACUGAAGUACCUACACUCUGCUGGAGUUGCGCACCGUGACCUGAAGCCGAGCAACAUCCUCGUGAACAAGGACUGCGCCCUGAGAAUUGCCGACUUUGGCCUUGCUCGAGGCCGUUCCAACGCAGAGGAGGAGCUUACCGACUAUGUUGUGACACGAUGGUACCGGGCACCAGAACUGAUGUUGCUGCCUUCCGGAUACUUCGAGGCUGUAGAUCUGUGGUCAGUGGGCUGCAUCCACUUUGAGUUGCUUGCCCGGGAG